GAAGAGCCUGAAAGCAAGGCAAAGAAGGCUGCCAAAGCAAAGGAGGCGAAGGCGGUCAAACGUAUCGGUGCCCAGAUCGACCGACUUAUUGGUGAAGUGGAGGCUAUGAUGAGGCAGUUAGAACUUGAAAAGACUAAUCUGCUGAAAGACAUUCAGAUUCGGGAAGGCAAAGCGAAGGAAGCCACGAAGGACGAGGAAAAAGAACGCAUUUUUGAUUCAAUUCGUGCCGAUCAGCAGCGCCUAGUUGACAUAACUGACGUAUUCACCUCUCUGCAACAAGUAAAACAACAAGAAGAGCCUAAAUUGGAACAUUGGCAGCAAAUUCUCGAUGCCUUGGAUGAGGAUCACGACGGAAAAAUUGAACUAAAGCAUCUUAGUGCGGUGAGUGCCUCUUGCUAA